UUUAUAUUUUUUCCGCUCCGUAACCUCUUGCAGACAGCGACCAUGAGCGGCCCUCUGACCCUCGCGCUCCUCGCGCUGACUCUGUCCUCGCCCGCCUCGUCUCGCUCCGCGUGCCGGUUCCAGAUCCCGCCUCAUGACCAGGUGGCCCGGGUCGCCCGCUUCGUCGCUCACCGGUGCGACUGGGCCUCUGUGGCCACCAUCUCCACACACAAGCCGGUGGUGGGUCAGCCGUUCUCUAACGUGUUCUCGGUGAGUGACGGGCCGCACGGCACCAGUACCGGGGUUCCGUACCUGUACCUGACCCGCAUGGAGGUCUCCGUCCAGGACCUGCAGGUGAACCCUCAGGCGUCCAUGUCCAUGUCUCUGGCUCAGACUGAUUACUGCAGACAGCAGGGCUUCGACCCUCAGAGUCCUCUGUGUGCCCACAUCAUCCUGUCUGGAUCAGUCCUGGAGGUGAACGGUACAGAGGCAGACUUUGCUAAGAAAUCGCUGUUUACUCGCCAUCCAGAGAUGAUUGACUGGCCCACAGACCACAACUGGUUCUUUGCCAAGUUCAACAUCACUCAGGUGUGGGUGCUGGACUACUUUGGGGGUGUGAAGACCGUCAGUCCAGAUGAUUACUUCCAGGCAGAUCCACACAGGAGACACAGCUCAUGGAAUUGAACCUUCGAUCCAGAGAGCUGCACCAGCAGCUUUGGGGUUUGCUGUCGCUGACGGUAUCUGCGUGAACUUCAGAUCAUUUUCAGUGGCUUCUCUCUCCAUUAUUUAUGUUUAUGUUUGAUCCGCUAACCGUUUCUGGUUCAAUUUAAGUUGGCAAAAAAAGGGGGAAUUUUCCACAAAACUUUAAAAAAAAUGCUAAACGAAUUUUUAAAAAGUAUAAAAUCUGACUGAUAAAACCAGUUUUUGGGUUUUAUCAACCUCAGAAUUAGAAUUUAAACAUACGUGUGAGGUUUUUUUUCGUGUGUGCUUUUUUGGGAAGGCUCAUUCAAGCUUUUAUUCAAGCUGUAUACAAAACACUUUUAUUAUUAGUCAGGAGUCGAAUUCAUGCAGACAGAUGUAAUUCUGUGCUUUGGCCACUAGGGGUAAACUUUCACCCACCAUUUGACUAAAUAACCUUAAAGUUUUUAUUCAUAUUUAACCUGAACCAAACUUAGUGGGCAUUAAAAGCUUUUAAUAAUCGUUAGUAGUAUUAAUUCUGAUUUAUUAAUAACCGAUUUGACAGGAUUUGCACUAAACAACAAGCCACGCUUUAGCCAUCCAAAGGACUAGUUUAGCUGAAAGAACAGCUGUUAGAGAUGUUGCAGGAGGAUUUAGACGCCAGUAUUCGUUAACAUUCAUUAUCUCAGUGUUUGCUUCUGCAUUGAUAAUUGUCAGGUCCAGUAAAGCUCAAAACAUCUAGCCCGUCUGCUGCACAUCUGUCUCACCAACAUUCUAAUUAGAGAACAUCUGCUUUAUUCAACCACACAAAACUGGUGUUUUCUUUUGAAAACCCGCUCCUAGAGUUCCUCAGUCUGAGUUGGGUGCCCUAAAAUCUUUUUGUAGUUCCAGUGAUUUUCAACAUUUGUAUUUUUUAUAAAAUCUUUGACUUUAAUGCAAAAUGUUCUAUUUUUUUAAAGGAAAAUUAAAGAUUUUUGUUAAAACAA